AUGGAGAGUGCCGCGCUUGACAUUUCAAUGUCGAUUUUCUGGACGUUGACAGUUAAUGUCAACUUCAUAGAUUUUAUGCGUGCACAGGGAGGGGGGUGUAAAGUGGAAGAUGCGUCGAAGCACACCACAGACGGCAUCGUGUUUACUCAGAACGCUUUGCUUCGCUAUGUUGCAGUACGCACAGCGAUAUGA